AUCAACUUACAGUUGCCAAUAGUAACCAUAGAGCGCAGUACUUCCAGGUGAAAAGUCACUUAAAAGUCUCUCAAAUAUGGCUGCUCCCUUGGAGUUGUUCUGUUGGAAAGGCGACUAUGGAUUACCUUCAGUAGAUGUCGAGUGUUUAACUGUGCUGGCCUAUGCAAAGUUUGCUGGUGCUCCUCUCAAAGUUCACAAAAUCACCAACCCAUGGAGAAGCCCUACAGGUACUCUGCCUGCUUUGAAGACUAGGGAAGAAGGAAGCAUCUCCCAACCCAGUAAGAUCAUCAUUCAUCUCCGGAAACAGAAGUACAAUGCAGACUAUGACCUAUCAGCAAAGGAGGGUGCAGAUACGCUUGCCUUUGUCUCUCUACUGGAGGAGAAACUGCUACCUGCACUGGUCUACACACUGUGGAUAGAUUCGAAAAACUAUGUGGAUGUUACACGAUGCUGGUAUGCAGAAAACAUCCCCUUCCCUCUCAACUUCCUGCUACCCAACCGCAUUCACAGCCAGCAGCUGGAGAAGUUGAGACUCGUGAGGGGAGACCCAGUCCUGGAGCCCGGUGAACAGCUGGAGAAAGAGCUUUAUCGCGAUGCAUUUGAAUGUAUGACCCUUCUAUCGCAGAGACUGGGGUCACAAAAAUUCUUCUUUGGAGACUCUCCCUCAUCGCUGGAUGCGUAUGUGUUUGCACACCUGGCUCCUCUUUUGAAGAUCAAACUGCCUAAUGGAAAGCUCCAGCAGCACCUCAGCUCUCUCAACAACCUGCAGCAGUACUGCUCCAACAUCCUAGUACUCUACUUCCCCUCUGAUUCACGAGAGGCACCAGGUCGAAAGAUUCAUGUUCAGCCUGAUAGCAACGACAUCGACAACGAGCCCCACAAGCGCCGUAACCAGAUUCUUUCUGUUUUGUUUGCUGUGGGAGCCAUGCUGGGUUACGCCAUCCUCACUGGGAUUGUUACGAUCAAGCGUGAGCGGCCACAGCUGAAGAACUCUAGCCAUGAUGAUGAGGAUGAAGAAGAUGAGGACUAAAUUACAGGACUAAAUGCAAAGGGAAAAGGGGGAUGGGUGCCACUAGGGACAGGCACAUUCUAGCUCACCUGCCAUUCAGAGCGGAGCUGCACAUAUUACCUCAGUUCUUUUUAAUCUCUCAUCAUACAUGAGUGCGCUCUGCCAGAAUCGCUCACUUGAUGUAGCCUCAAGCGAGCCCCAUAUUGGUGCUUUUUUCCUUUUAUUUUAAUUAUUGUUAAUAUAAUUGUUACUAUUAUCGUUAUUCUCCAGUAAUCUGUAAAAUUUUGUCAGGUCUUGCACAGACAGGAAUUUUGAUUUUCAGGUCAUUAAAAGAUAUCUCUCUGUUUUA